ACAUACAACUAUAUGCACAUGAAUGUAUGUAUGUAUAUAUGCUGUCUCCUCUACUUUAUACUGAUCAGCUGUUACUCCAGAGCCCUCUACCCGAUCCCCCUGCUUUAAUAAAAACUUUUGCAUAACUACUAAGUACAUUAAAAUUCGCUCAUUCUUCCACUCUCUCACAGCAGUUAUCUACAUACAUUUUAUUGUUGAUUCUGCAAUUUAGUAAAUGAUUUAUUAAAUUAUUGAUACGUUGUUCUUUACGGUCAUUUCAAGCACAAAACUCCGCGUUGCUGCUCAGUGAAAAGUUCGUGUGGCCAAAAAGAUAGGAAAUACGAACAAACAAAAUUUUUAUUUAUAAAAAAAAUAAUUUCAAAGUACCACAGACAAGAAAUGUUCAAGAACAACCCGAAAAAUUUGCUGGAGCUAACAAAAACCGAUACCGAAAAGUGGCUUAACAGCUUCGACACAAUACUCACGGAUUGCGAUGGUGUGCUUUGGCACGAAGGCAUCGCCAUAGAUGGUGUACCCGAAGCUAUCGCAUUGCUGAAGGCGCGCGGCAAACAAAUCUACUUUGUCACCAAUAACGGUAUUAAGACCCGCCGUGAUAUAUGGCAGACAGCGACUUCGAUCGGCUACGACAUACCCGAAACUCGCAUUAUUGCGCCUAUUCAUGCUAUUGUAGAGUAUCUGCAAGCGCGAAAUUUUCGCAAAAAAGUUUACAUCAUCGGCGCUGAAGCUAUAAGGCAGGAGCUAACAGAAGCGGGCAUAGAAAGUUUUGGUCCCGGUCCGGAUAUCCUACAAGGUAAAUUAAGUGACUACAUCGCCCAGCAAGUGGCCGCACAAUCGACUGAUGAGGUUGGCGCUGUCAUUGUGGGUUUCGAUGAGCACAUCACAUUUCCCAAAAUGUUGAAGGCCUCCAAUUUUCUGGGCUCAAAUGCAGCAUGUCUAUUCAUGACUACCAACACCGAUGCGGUACAUCGUUAUCCAGAAUUUCGUAUACCUGGUACGGGUGCGCUUUUGAGUGCCUUGGAAACGACGGUGGGACGUAAGGCGCUGCAGUUUGGUAAACCUAAUCCGGGGAUUUGCGAGGAGUUGAUUAAGUCAGGCAGAUUGGUGGCCGAGCGGACGCUCAUGAUUGGAGAUGUCUGCAAGGUUGACAUUUUAUUUGGCCACAAUUGCGGUUUCCAGACUUUAUUAGUUGGAACUGGCCAUAACAGUGAGUAUGAACUGGAUGAGGUGCUGCAAACCCCCGGUGAAAACCAACGCUAUUAUGUACCCGAUUUUUUCAUACCCUCAUUGGGAAAUUUAACAGAAUUAAUUUCCUAA